CUUCGCUGUAGCACUCUUCUUGUUUGAUCGUCUGCGCUAGUCUGCCAUCUACCAAACGCCGCCGCCAUGCCAAACGUACUAGCCGAUCGCGACUCGCGCAACCGAAUCAUCCUCGGCACUCUGGGCCUCGCUGUGACAGGCGGGGUUGUGGGCAUGAACAUCGCCAUUCUGCGCAACCUGCAGCCGAUUGCACGCCAUGCGACCACAAUGGCCAUGAACUGGUCGCUGUAUGGCGUGCUGUUUUUCACCAGUCGCGAGAUCAUGCUUAUCGAGCAAAAGUCCAAAAACGAGCCGCUCAACCUACGGUUCUCGCAGACUAGAGACAGCGACGAGCUAUUCAGCAGCACCAUUGCUGGUGGCCUAACCGGUGGGCUUCUUGCAUUGAUUACUCGGGGCAGGCGCUCAGUACCAACAGGCGUAGCGCUGUUUGCAGCAAUUUCAGGUACAAGCCAGUACUGCUAUACUCGGCUGAACCGCCGUCGGCAAGAGAUGAUUUUACAGAGCAAACACCACAAUGGCUCAGAGAGCACAGGCGGCUCCACCACUGCUGCAGCUGCAGAAAAAGAGGUAGCAGUUGAGAAUGUAGCCGACGAAGAGGCGGAUGACGAGUCGCAAUCUAUAAUUGCAAAGCUGCGCCGUGCUUUGACCACUGAUCCAAUCGAAAGACUGCCCGACUGGUUCCCUAUCCGCCGUAUUCAGUCGGACGAAUACCGCCAGAUGCUGAUGACUCGUCGAGAAGAAAUCAAGCUGGAACUUGGCCACAUCCGCAGAUUGGUAGCCAACAUGGACCAGCGCGAGGAGCUGCUGCUAAAGCGGCUUCGUGAAGUGGAAUCCAACGGUGAAUAAAGCGUUCUUGUACCCUGC